GAUCUGGAUGUAUUUUUCCUGCUCUGGGGGUUGGGAGGUUUGACCAUUAGUGCUUGGCUGAAGGCAAAUGGAGUACGAACAUGUCCCUCUUAUUACUGAUGGUUUCACGAAACAAAUUCUAUCACGCACACACACACAAGUUCCAUUUUAAAAAGCUCUACAGUGGCCCAAUUAUUUCUGGCUAAAAAGUUCAGUAUAGCAAAAUGCAAUAGAAUAAAAUGUCUGUCAGUCCCUUAGAAUUUGUUUUAAUGAAGCUUGAACUCCAUCUGAGCCUUUGAGUUUCAGAGUAAAUCCCGAUAUGUCAGUACUUCUUAGAUUUUUUGAAGGUAGUUCAUGGGUGACUUUCCCAUUGCGGUUUUUAAGGAAGGGGAGGGUGAGGGAUGUGAAGCAUCCUUCCUCAUGUUCUUCUCUAUUUUCCUGAACUGGUCUGACUGAUCCAUCCAUCCGUCGUCCUCUUCCUGGGUUAGAAGGGAUUUAGAAUGACUUAUGGAGCCAGAGAACAGCAGAUGCCAACUCAGCUUUUCCAACAUUCCAUUUCUGAGUUUAGAUUACAAUCCCUCUCUCUCAAUAAUGUUCCUCAUAUCCAUCUCUGUGAAACGUUUUGUCGUCCUCUUUAUGAAGACUUUUCUUUAUGAAACUUUUGGAUGAAACUCUAGAAAAUACUAAGUGAAUACUUUCCAUGACAACCAACUGAGUUAGUUUCAGUGUCCUCUUAAUGACAUGGAACGUAAGCCCCUUUCCAAUGCACAGAUGUGAAUACCGAAUCCUGAUACCUCUGUGCACCCCCUGCCCAAGCUGCCCCCACCAAAGGAAUUCUGUUGUUGAAGACCCUGUAUAAGCUAAUAGGGCAGGAAUGAGAACUAUCUCUGUUGCAGGUAACUUACACAUUUGUUUCUUCCAUCCCUUAGCAACCUGCCCUGACAUUGCGACCCCUCCCAGGCCUUCACCAUCAUCAAGGGCUGGGCCUUAGAAAGACCAAUGUUACAAUUGGCGACUCUGAACUCUGCCUUGGUGAUUGGGCAAGGGCCAGGCUUGCUCCUUCCAGUGGAGUUUGAGUGAGUCACCCAGCACGGCCAGCGUUUUUCUCCACCCCCGCCUCACUCCUACACCAAACUGAAGUUUGAAAGGUUUUCCCUCCUCUAAAUUAAUAUACUGAUUUUUGAGUCAGUGAUCUUUUUAGUGAAAAAGAUCCAUUUUGUUGUGCCUGUCAUAAGUAAGAUGAGGUUCUGGUUUGGGUGGAUCUCGGUGUUAUGUUGGAUAUAUCUGGUCUGAGUUCUUAUAGGCAUGUAGUACAUGUGAGGGUUUCCUAACACCACUUAAGUUUACCCUUGAAAUAAAAUCAAUCUAUUUCAGAAAAUAAGUAACUUUUACCCCCAUUUGGUAGUUUUUCACUUGAGCCCAAGUUGUCAAGGUGUUCUAAUGUUAGUAGGAUGUUAGUAAUAAAUGCCUUUGAAGAGAUAAACAUUUGAUAACUGCAAAGAUACUUAAAAACUUACCCUGAGUGUAUUUGAUUUGUGAUUAUGGUGACAUUCUAGAAAUUUAGUUGGUAGCUUUAUUCGGAUGAGAAACAGUCCUGCCAUGAGAGCUUCUGUUGCUUGGGGCACUGUGCCAUGUUACACAAACAUCCUCAUAACAUUCUUAAGAGGAAGCUUACCAGGUAAGAAUCACAUCCAACUGGCUGUCUGAGUGCGGUGGUGUUUACAAUCCAUCACAGCCAGUCACAUGUUCCUUCUCCAUGCUCCACUGCUUCACUUGACUAACCUAAAAAUAAACAAACAAAAGAACUGCACACAACUGCAGGUACUAGAGACAAGAAACAACAGUGUCUUAAACAAGAGAGAGCUUUAUUUUUUUCCCAUGUAAAAGACACUUGGAGGUAAGCAGCCUGAGGCUGGACGAGAGCUCCACGUUAUCAGGUCCCAGACUCUUUCCAGCUUCUGCUCUGCCAGACUUAGCCCAAAGUUUCCAGCGCCAUGUUUGUGUCAUCACCCAAGAUGCCUGCUGAAGCACCAGCCAAAACAUCUCUGAUCCAGGGAGGAGGCAGGAAGAAGAGGAGAAGGGGCAAAGGCGGGCUUUCUCAGAAUCCCCUGCAACAACCUCCACCUGCACCUCAGCUGCUGCCCUCCUCAGCAAGCAGGUAAGCCGUGUGGGGAAUUUAAACCAUUUAGAAGAUGGCAACCAAGCAGACAGAGCCAGUCACCGUCAUUAGCCUUAGGAAGUUGAGCCUGGGGACCCCAGAGCCACAGCAGAAAGAGCCGAAGACAUUCACUGUGGAGGAGGCUGUGGAGACCAUCGGAUUCGGACGUUUCCACAUUGCCCUGUUUCUGAUCAUGGGCAGCACUGGGGUGGUCGAGGCCAUGGAGAUCAUGUUAAUAGCGGUUGUAUCUCCCGUCAUCCGCUGUGAAUGGCAGCUGGAGAAUUGGCAGGUGGCGUUAGUGACCACGAUGGUGUUUUUUGGCUACAUGGUAUUCAGCAUCGUCUUCGGCCUCUUGGCUGACAGAUAUGGCCGCUGGAAGAUUUUGCUCAUCUCGUUCCUGUGGGGAGCCUACUUCUCCUUGCUGACCUCUUUCUCUCCCUCGUACAUCUGGUUUGUCUUCCUGCGGACAAUGGUGGGCUGUGGCGUGUCUGGCCAUGCGCAAGGGCUAAUCAUAAAGACGGAAUUUUUGCCUACAAAAUAUCGAGGCUACAUGCUCCCCUUGUCUCAGGUUUUCUGGCUUGCUGGCUCCCUGCUUAUCAUCGGCUUGGCCUCUGUGGUCAUCCCCACCAUUGGGUGGCGUUGGCUCAUCCGCAUCGCCUCCAUUCCUGGCAUCAUCCUCAUCAUGGCCUUCAAGUUUAUUCCUGAAUCUGCUCGCUUCAAUGUCUCCACCGGGAACACUCAGGCUGCCAUGACCACGCUGGAGAGCAUCGCCAAGAUGAACAGCUCGGCCAUGCCGGAGGGGAAGCUGGUGGAGCCCAUCCUGGAAAAAAGAGGAAGAUUUGCAGACCUAUUGGAUGCUAAAUAUUUACGGACCACAUUACAGAUCUGGGUCAUAUGGCUGGGAAUCUCUUUCGCCUACUAUGGGGUCAUCCUGGCCAGCGCCGAGCUGCUGGAGCGGGACCUGGUCUGUGGUUCGCAGCCUGAGUUGGAGUCUGAGGUGGUGGUGACCCUGGGGGAUACAGAAGGAAGCCAGAGUCCCUGCCACUGCCACAUGUUUGCCCCCUCCGACUACCGGACCAUGAUUAUCAGCACCAUCGGUGAAAUUGCUCUGAAUCCUUUAAAUAUCCUGGGCAUUAAUUUCCUGGGAAGACGGCUGAGCCUUUCUAUCACCAUGGGAUGCACGGCUUUGUUCUUCCUUCUCCUCAAUAUUUGCACUUCAAGUGCUGGCCUCGUUGGCUUCCUCUUCAUGCUGAGGGCUUUGGUGGCAGCCAACUUCAACACCAUCUACAUCUACACCGCUGAGGUCUACCCCACGACGAUGCGUGCUUUGGGGAUGGGGACCAGCGGCUCCCUGUGUCGCAUUGGUGCAAUGGUGGCACCAUUUAUAUCCCAGGUUCUUAUGAGCGCAUCAAUCCUGGGGGCCCUGUGUCUUUUCUCAUCUGUCUGUGUGGUGUGUGCCAUUUCUGCAUUUACUCUUCCCAUUGAGACCAAAGGACGGGCCCUACAGGUGCUACUUCCCUUUGUGAUCCUCCUCAAAAUUUAUCUUUGUUGCCCUGUUUCAAGUCAGGAGACAAGUAUGGAAGAAGAAACUGUCAGAAGAACAGCAUUCUAAGAUACCGACAAUAAAUAAACAGCAAAAGCUCCAUAGCUGCUGUGCUAAAAAUGCUGGAGCAAAAGCAGACAAAUGAUAGACGCACUGUUAUGAAAAUUUGUUCAGUCUUUGGAGAAUAAAUGUCAAGGCAUAUUCAAAACAAUACAACAACAACAAUUACCCUGAAACACAUAUCUGGAAAAGUGAUUAAGACUUUUUAACCAUUAAUACAUAAUUGACAUAUUAUCAACAAGACCUAAGUCUACACAGAAAGUGAAAAGCUAUUGCUAAUAAGUUCUUUUCUCAUAUUUUAUCUUUAGCAAUAUCUGAAAACCCAAUGAAUUACCACAGAAUAUUUUCAAAUUGUUGACUUUAAGAAGUAAUGCCAUGUAGAUAAGAAAGCAAGUCCUCUAAGUUUAAUUCAAAGGAGAUACCAUCCAAAGAAUAACAUUCUUUCAAGUCAGCUAUAUUUUUAUUCUACCAGCCUAAGAAGAAAUAUUUGAUCAGCCAAUUAAUGUUUUAUAAAUAAAAAUUUACUUUGGCACACUAAAAAAAUUCAUCUGUAAAUAUUGUGUCAAAUGUUAGAUUAGCAAAUGGCACAGCACUUUUCUUCUUCUAUCUUAAUCUACUUUCCUUCUUUGACACUGAACAACAAGAAAAGGAAUAAAUGAAUGUCAGUUAAACUAUCUAGGUCUGGCCCAUUAAGAAUUGCUUGCACUCAGAAGAUAGGUCUUUUCUAUUUCUGUCAGGAGAAUAGUAAUAAAAUUCAGAGUUAAGUCAGAUCAAAGAUUCAAUUUGAGGUUCCAACUCUUAAAAAUAGGAAAUAGAUGCUUCAUAAAAAGUUAAAUUUUCACUAUAAUUCCCUCCAACUGUCUGCUCCCAAAUUCUACAACACAUUUUCAUUCCAAAUUAUAAAGACAGAUGAAAAUUAGUCCCUUUCAGGGGAACUUAUAAUUAAUGCCCAAUAGGGUAAAUGUUGAAGAAUCCUCACAUCAAAUAUGGUGUACAGUACUGUAUUUCAUAUUUUGGAUAGUUCCUCUAAAGGCCAUACUGCAAACAAUGAUCACCUACAUAGUUAAAAACCAAACAACAAACUACACAUAAACACACAGCAAAACCAAACAUGUAUACUUACUUCCUCAGUGGAAGAAGUUACAUUUAGAAAUGUAUGAAAAAUGGCCUUGAAAGUCUCUAUAACAAACACCUCUACAGACAAGAAGAAAACAAAAAUCAAACAUUUGUUUUCCUGCUUUUUCUUUAAUACAGUUCCCAUCUUACAUGAUAUACUAUGAGGUGCCUUCUUAAUAGCAUCUAAUCUACUUUCUCGUUGCACCAGUUGGCACCCUAGGAUAGAACUCGUAUUACCACGCAUGUUCACGGAGUACUGCUCUUAAGUACAGUAUACCUAACUCAUGGUUGGGCCAAAAUUAGUGGGUAGUGGUAUUUU